AUGGAGGAGGUGAUGGAGGAGGUGAUGGAGGAAGUGAUGGAGGAGGUGAUGGAGGAGGUGAUGGAGGAAGUGAUGGAGGAGGUGAUGGAGGAGGUGAUGGAGGAAGUGUUGGAGGAAGUGAUGGAGGAGGUGCAGGAGGAGGUGAUAGUGGAGGUGAUGGAGGAAGUGAUGGAGGAGGUGCAGGAGGAGGUGAUGGAGGAGGUGAUGGAGGAAGUGAUGGUGGAGGUGAUGGAGGAGGUGCAGGAGGAGGUGAUGGAGGAGGUGAUGGAGGAGGUGAUGGAGGAGGUGAUGAGGAGGUGA